UGGAGAGCGCUUUGCGGUCGCAGUAGGGACUUCAGACUCCACACACAGCGCGCGUAGGCUACACACAGAAACAGAGACAGUGAGACGCGCAAAAGGUAAAAUAAAAACCUCUUUGUUUUCGUAUCGAUCCCCACAGCCUCCAGCAGGCUCAUGGAGAGCGGAGCCCUGCUUGUCCGCACCGGGGGCAGGUUGAUCGGAUGCCUUUCACCACAGCAGCGCCGUUAGAUGUUUUCCAUUCAGGAUUAAUUGGUUGACCAAUGGCUCCAAAACAUGCGCUCCUCUCCAGCAGCGGCAGCAGUGGCCCCGGGGUUGGAGGGGUGAAGAGUAAAGGAGACCCCGUCUCUUCUUCUCCGACGGCAUGGAUCCUGGAUGCGGGGAUGGUGGCCGUCUGUUCGCCGAGGAACGGGAAGAGGACGCGAGCGCUGGAUGGGAUGCUGGCCCGGUGGUUUGUGACCAUCGGCGCGGUGCUGAUGCUGAUGCUGCAGAGCUCCUUGGCCGCUGACGCUGAAGGAGGUCGCUAUGAGUCAAUGAGGCGGGCUGUUUUGCCUCUGGACCCCGCAGUGCCCUCAGCCAUCCCCCGGACUGGAGACAGAGAUGGGGCUAAAGACAAAGAUGCAAUGGAUGGGGCUGACGCAGGUCCCAGAGCUUGGCCCAAGGGUAAAGUGUUUGCUGAGGCCAGAGCAGCGGUUUGGACUGAAACAGAAGCAGGAGUGCGUGCCGGUGCAGGUGGCAAAGUCUUUGCAGAGACUGGGAUAAUGACGGGAACCGGUGCCUGGGCUGAAGUUGGGGCUGAAUGGAGUCCGGUAGAUGCGGACAGGGUUGAUCUGCCAAGCAUGCCCAGGGACCCGGCUGCCUGGCUGGGGCAGCAGAGGCUGCAGAUUCGUGGACAGGGCCAAAGAGAGCAGGCAGCCUUCUCCUCAGACCCCACCAUACUGGCAGAGACAGCCGAGCUGCAGGCACCAGUGCUGGGAAAACCUUUAGGACUGCUGUCUAAAGCUGCUUGGACCAAAAGCACCUCUUCAUCGUCAUCCAAGGCCUCCUCCUCUUCCUCCUCCUCAUCUACAACAAAAGCGUCCUCUUUGCCUUCCACCUCCUCUUCCUCCUCCUCUCCAGCCAGUAAAAGAGACAGUCAGACAGCAAGACCAGACAACGUCUCACUGGUUGUUGUCAACAGCAACUCCUCCAACAGCAAUAGCAGCUCCAGUUUGGACGAGUCAGUGAGCAGCCUGCCAGCCUGGGAUCUCCCCACUGUCCCCGAGUCUCUCCUGUCCACAGUAGGCGACCAUGAUGUCACGCUUCCUGCCAACAUCACCAGCCCUUUCUCCACCCAUCAGUGGAACACCACAAUGCCCGUGCGCACCAGAAACACCUCACGGCAGACGACCACAUUAACCACCACCAUAAGCACGUCUCUGUCACCCAGCACCACUUCAACUUUACCGCCAUCCACCACAGCAAGAGCACAGGCACCAUCGGGACCCACUGCAGUUUCUCAAACCACAAGCCAGGACACUGUGACCAACGACAGCCUUCAGCUGACGACGGUAACCACGACGACGCCCUCAACGACCAAUCUUACUGUGACUGCCGCUGAGAUGAUGACACAGGCGAUGACCACUGGGAGCGCUGUAACAGCAUCACCAAAUAACACUGCUGCUUCAACCACGCAGCAAACCACGAGCCUCAUACUGACCACAGCAGCUACAACUCAGCCUACAACCACCACGACAACCACACCCGCCACUACUACCACCACUACUACUACAGUCCCCCCAACCACCACCACCACCACCACCACCACUCCUCCACCCACUACUACAACUACUACACCUGCAACUACUACUACUACUACUACUGCUGCCACAACCACCACUACCACUAUUACCACAUCGACAAAGAUACCUGCCACCAUUGUCUUCAUCCCGAUCCAAACCACGCUGCCUCCAACCACGACCACUGAAUCGCCGUCCAGCACCAGUGCAGAGGAAAGUUCUCUACCAUGCAACGUGACUGAGAAGUACUGGGUCAGAACAGUUCUGUCCAUUGAGCUGCGUAGGAACCGCCUGGACCUGAUCCUGAAGCAGAACCUCUCCAAAGGACUGAGCCACGCCCUGCAGAGAGCCCUGAACGACUCCACAGCUAACGCACAGGUGGAACACGAUGACUGCAGCCCCCACAACGUGACACUGGGUUACUACGUGACCAGCGGCAAAACCGUCUACAUUUCCUCCUUGGUGGUUGAGGCGCUGCACAUUUACGGUUUUGACAAGCUGCUGUCGGACAUCAGGCAGCACACUCCACUGGUUAAGGCAGUCCUGGUUCCUGUGGCAACCUGGCUGCCCGCUCCAAGCAUUCACCUGCAGCUGAAAACAGUGUUGAGGUUCGUCGGCCCUACAGAUAACAUCUACUCCUGCAGUUUUGUCCAGAUGUUGGAGCAGAGGCUGGAAAACGCCUUCGAUGAGGCUCAGGACAAAGUGCUGGAGACCUACAACAGGCUCACUGUGGAGAUCCAGAGCGUGUCCCAGGAUCCAGGCUCUCCGUCAGUCUCUCUGGUGUAUGUGGUGAAGAAUCAGGAUGCAAUUCUUAACGGGACGAUCUCCAGCGGCCUCCUCAACCAGCUGACCGCAGAGCUGGUGGGAUACUUUCUGUUCUACCCACCCAUGGUCAUCGCUGAGCCCCUGGAAUACCAUAAUCUCAACACAUCGAUGGCAACCAAGAACUAUUGGGUGAUAACAGUGAUCCAGGAUGUGGACAGCUCCUCCCUGGAGGCUAACUACCAGAGCUUUGCCAGCCUGAUGGAGCAGCGGCUGGCUGAGCUCUUCCUGGUGGCUGGCAGGCAGGGCUCUCGGAUUGCGCGAUCUCGGCGGGCCACCACUGUGGGGAGCUACACCGUGCAGAUGGUGAGCAUGCGUCGACUGCCUGGUCCCAAGAACCCAGCAGAGAUGACCUACUACGCCCAGUUGAACGGAGCACCCAUCACUGGAUCCAAUGCUGCCAAGACCCUGAGCAGUCUGGACUCCCAGACCAUGGCUCUGACACUGGGAUACUUCGUACAAGUACAGGCUGAACCUGUGGUAAAGACGCCGCAGAGCAACCUGUGGAUCAUGGCCAUUCUGACGCCUCUCUUCCUGUUGAUGGUGGUGAUCGGCAUGGUGUCUUUCAUUCUGUGUAAGAGGAACAGGGUCAUCUUCAAAACUGGCGCCUUCAGGACCUUCAAAACCCGCUCCAAGACCUCAUAUCGAAGGGAGGGCAGUUACCACCACCAGCCUGUCCAGGGCUUUGACUAUGCCAAGAAGCACAUGGGUCGAACAGGUGAUGAGGCCAUCUCCGUUACCAAGGAGACGUUGGUGCUGGGGCUGCCUGUACGAGAUGCUCCGCUGUCACUGUCAUUGGAUAAGAAAGUCCAUCAGGAUGGGACCGCCAGCAAGAGGCCUCCAUCUGCUGACAUACACAAAGGAGGGCGGUUGCCAAGCGAGGAGGACGGCUCAGUGUCAAGUAACGGCUCUGGGAAGCUGAACACCAGCAAGAGCUCCUCGGCCCGAAGGACGGCGACGGGCAGCAGCACCAAGAACGGCAAGGAGGAGCUUCACAAGAGGAGCACCAACGACCCGUACGAAGACCAUUCAGGCUCUCUGCGUCUCAUCACCAUUAAACCCAUGACUGCUCAGCCAACCUACUCCUAUCCCUCCUCCUCAUCCCACAGCCAAGACUCUGUGGUCCUCAACGGGGAGGCAAACCAUGGUGGGCUGAAGCAGAAGUCGGACAUCGAGCACUAUAGGAACAAACUGCGCCAGAAGGCCCGGAGGAAGGGCUACGGAGAAUUCUCUCUGUCCGAGAGUGGCAGCCAUGGUUACAGUCACCGUGACACCAGGCACAGUCGGCACGAUAACGGGGUCAAGGAGCCAAUGACCGCUGAGGAGAAGAGGGCUUCCUUCGCAGGAUGUCAUAAGAGGUUCUCCCACCCGCGGGAGCCCACCUAUUGGAGCCGACAGUCUCUGAGCAGCCCGAGCCCGGUAGAGACAGAGAUGGACCUGCUGGUGCUGAGAGAAAGAUCCAGGAGAGGCAUCCGAAACAACGGCUACGAUGGCGAACCGGAACCGUUUGAGGAGACCAACGUGGACCGCCUGAUGAGCUCUCUGGGUUACGGAGGUGGAUCUACUGGCACUGGGAACGGCAGCUUGGGGGUGAAAGCUCACCGUGGCUCCGACUCCUCCACACUCAGCUCUCAGCCAUCCAUUGAUGAGGUCCGCACGCAGAUGCAUAUGUUGCUAGGCAACGCCUUCAGCCUGGCACCUCCGGACCACGACCCUCCUUCUCCACCAACCAACAGCCACCACCAUCACCACCACCAUGCCCACAGGGCCUACAACCCGUCCCACACCAGCCAUUACAAUGACGGGGUGACGAGCGCCCCAGGGACCAUGAACCAUCCCUGUGGAGGCAGACAGAGGAGUGCAGGCUACGAGGACAUGCACCAGUGCAGCCUGCCUAAACCGGGUUUCCGGUUCACCCAGCUUCCUGAUAUGGGCAUUGGGUCUCCCCCGCCACUGAUCCCCUCGAGACCAGGACCACCACCUGGGACCUCAUUACGACGUUCCACCCCUGAUGUUAGUCUGAAGCCCCGUGUGUCAGAGGCCUCUGACCUGCAGGCUCAGCAGCACAACGGUGCCCCGUACCUGCCGCUGUCCAGGACCCCCUUCCCUGCUGUCACUGUCGACCAGUCCAUCACCACCUACUCAGGAAACCCAAUAACAGCAGUCUACGCGAUAUCUGCCAACCGCCCGGGUUACUCAGACUACUUUGUCAUGUCACCGCCGUCCUCAUACCGUAGCCCGUCCUGGAUGUCCUACCCACCCGAGCCAGAAGACCUGCCGCGGCAGUGGAACGACACACCGAACUCACGUCAUCUUGAAACCAUCUGCUGAAGUCGCCUGGCUGUGACACUGAGUGGAAACAGCCGAUAGCUCGGUGUCUCUUUGGAUGGGCAGAGGACAUUCCCCUCACUGAAAACUCUGGAGCUUUAUCACCCCUCCUUCACUUCAGCCCGGCCUUCCUCCUGUCUGAUUUAUUCAUCACCAGUGGACCCCCGCUCCGCCCCCACCUUAUCCCCAGCUCACCCUCUCUCCACUGGGCUGGUCUUCGUCUGUCCUCUCUCUGCCCGCUUCAUCUGCAGCUCAAAGCGUUUUCAUCCUCCACAACUCCUCUGCCCCAUAAGCCCCUUCACCUGGUCAAAGCUCUGCUUCAAUCUAAUCCAACACAAAUGUUCAGCCAUAACUCUCUCUUUCUCUAUUCUCUGCUCCCUGAGCCCCUGGCCUCACCGGCCCCUACUGGCCCCUCUGGGCCCCUUGUCAGUAUCUCUAUGUAGACUGCCUCCUCUGUGGUGACCACCGUUGUACAGCAAGAGGCCCCUCACACUGCUGAACUGAACUGAGCUGAGCUGCGUGAAGCUGCACUGUGCUUCCCUGCGAUACAACACACAUGUGCAGUGUGGAUGAACAGGGUGAGUACAGUCCAGUGUGACAACUAGUUCUCUGCCCCAGCAAUCAUCGUACAGUAACUGCCAUCUGCCCCAGCACAAGAUGGCACACAGCGCUGCGUUAUCAGUACAGUAGUGCCUCAGCCAUGGCCAGUAGUCUGCUCCUCCUCUGAACUGGACUGGACUGGACUGGACCAUCCUGGACUUGUCUCUGAUUUCCACCAUGAAGCCAGGAAAGCUGGACUGACUUAAAACUGUGCUUUUUUUUGAUGAAUCCAAAUUCCUACUGUAUGUAAACCUUCUACAGCUGGUUAAUAUGUGUAUUUUAAACUUAAGUGAGAAAAAAAAUCUAAGGAAAAGGGAAAAAAAAAAAAAUCUCUCGUCUUGAGCUGUCUCAAUUUCAGUUUUUGGAUAUUUGUGUGCUUUUGUCUUUUACUUUUGUGCAUUGAUUAUUAUCAAUGGAUUACUGUACAAAAAAGACGUAGUGAGUGUUUCUCUUUCACUCACCUUAUUUCAAUGCAAAAAAAAAAAUUACAUUCUUCAAAACAGAGAAAUCGGCGGCUUAGUUGUCUGUGGUUAUGAUGGCAUUUCUGUACUUUUAAAAAGAAUUUACUUCGUUUACUUUUUUCCUUCAUCAGAUUCAGCAAUGAAAACAGGAAUUAGUCACUAUGUUCUGUCGACCAUCUGAUUAUGAAGUUUUCGUCUGAUAAUCAUUAGGCAGACCUGAGUCAACUACUCAUAUUGAAAUUCCACUCACAUGCAGAUUUGUGUUUUGUAGCUUCGCAGUCGCUGCAGGGUUUCUUUGACCCCUCACUAAAGGCAGAAGAUAAAAAAACAUAUUCUUUAUGAUGACUUCAAUUUGAGCUGAUUUCAACUCUGGUUUGACUCAGGUCUGUUCCAAAUAUGUGAACACACCAGUAUUCUUAGAAAAACAGUUCUUUUACUUGAAAGGUGUCUACUGUAUUCUACUGUAUACGGAAAUCUGACUUCUGGUUCAUUUGGUCUUGAUGAAGAGGGUUGAAUAUCUGGACAUUGGACUAUGGUGUAGUACUGUUCAAGAGACUUGAGGGCUCAGGUGAGCCAUAUAUGUAACGAUUAUAUGUAUUACUGUAUAUAGCAGAUGAUUUAACGAAGAGAUUUAUGCAAGUAAUGUGGGAGGGAUACUUCGCUUGACAUUUUUCUGAUGCCAUUUUCCUUUUAUUUCCAUAGUGUUAACGGAGGACUGUUUUUGAAACUCCUUGACUUUCUGAAAGAUACACAUAUUUAAGUAUCAUUUGGAUCAUCAUGUUUCAUACUAUUACAGAGAGAAAAUAUUACAGAUAACACAUGACUAAGGGGACAGAUAGAACGUUUAGAGUAAAAAGGCAGAUCUUACCCUGCGUUGACAGUAUUAUUUAUGUUUGAACAAAGCAGAUAUAGCCAUAAUAGUUGAAAUAAUGCAAUUUUUAGUACAAAGAAUGUCACAGUCUAAAUUAUAUUUACCCUCAUUUUUUCUGAGGAGAACUGGAAUUCUGUAAGCACACUGUAUGUAGGGCUCCUCAUCAUUUAGAUGGUACUAAAGGAGAUUAUAGCCAUAUGUUAACUUCACCAAGUGGACAUACAACAGCUAACAUAUACAGUGUUAUGUUAAAAGUGGCAAAUGAUACCAAAUGAGAGUUUAUUAGCUAGGCAAUGAUGAGGCAGGUAUUAGAGAGGCAGUAGAUAGAUUUAUAAAGAUAGGUUAGUUCUUAUAGAUUAAAGGGAUAGUUUAGAUUUUUCUUAGGUGGCAUUGCAUGGUGUCUACAGUCAGUGUAUUACACACAGUAAAUGUCUGUCAGCACGCUGCCAAUUUAGAGAAGCAGCAGGAGUACUGACUCUGAAGCUAAGUAAUGCAUUACUGUGGAUAGGGAUAAGCAAUGAAAUGCAUUUUAGCCACCUGAGAAAAUGUCCCACUUCAGAAAAAUCAGUAUCAGCUGAAGUGUAUUCUAUAUUGAGAAUAUUUUCACCACCUUACCUUGCCGUCAGACAGCCUGUCCAAACGCGGAAGCCCCUAACAGCUUCAGUUCCCCAUCUGUGGUCUCAUCACAUCCACCAGAUUCCACUGACAAAAACAGUAAUUUUAAUUUGGUAAACCCAAGAGCUGCUGGUCUACCGUAGCUUCGAUCAGUUAUUUCGUUUGUGUUAUUGUGUGACUUUAGUGAAUCCAGACUUACCCCUUUAAAUGCC